AUGGGAGCUUAUGUAGGCGGAAAUGGCCUCGUCGGAACCCUAGAGUUCCACGGCGAGCUUCCAGCUGCGGUGUUGUGGUGUGAGAUAAAAUGGACUGCUUCACAGGUCAUCUACUUAUCUCCUUCUCACUUGCCCCUUCAACCUUUUGGGACGAAAAGUGCUCUUCAGCAUGUGAGUGCAGGAUCGCUUGGUGAACAUUUUAGUUCAUUUCUCACUACCCGAAGGCAACAUAAUAAAUAUUUAUCAGCUGCCCCUACUCCAUCUCCAGUGUCACUAGGCCCGGUUACUAGUCGUACUGGUAUUAUGCUUAGGCAUCGCCAUCAUCGGCAUAGAACUAGAGUUUAUGCGAUUUCUCCCUCUACUUCCACUAAUCCAGGUUAUUGGAUGGUUGUUGAUUAUUGUGCUUCCUGUAGUGGGACUGAUCCAAAGGUCAUGCCUGCUAAAUCUCAAAACUUGAUUCUUAGUUGCUUUUCAGAGGUUACUGAACUAGAGAUUGAGGUUGCAGCAGGGACAUAUCUUAAACAAAGUCAAGUAGCCAUCAUUGGAGCUAAUGCAGAUACUCAAAACCCGGAAAGAGCAGUGGUUGAUAUAUAUUUAAUUCCUCUUGGGGAAAAGUUUGAUGAUACAACCGCUAUGCUGACUUACAAAAGGUUUUUAUAUAAGAAAGUGGCCCUCAAUAAGACCCUUUUUGGCGAUUAUGAUGUAAUGAACAUUUCGUAUCCAGGACUCCCUUCUUCACCCCCAUUCAGUGAGGGUCCUAAUGGAAGUGCUGGAAAUCAACAGUACCCUGUUACUGCAGACUUUGUUGGAAAUAAUCAGAAGAUAAACCCUCGACUAAUUAUCGUCAUUGUGUUGUCCACGUUUGUGCUCUUGGUGGUUGCUUGUGCUGCUGUAGCUGUGCUAUUAAAGUGCAGGACUGCACGCCGACCAUCUAAUGUUGUCGGUCCAGUAUUUACUUCUUCUACGAAAAAAAAUUUAGGAUUAGGUUCUAUGCGAUCGAGUAGCCCAACCAGCUCGACAUCAACUUCUCUCAUAUCUGCCAUGCCCGCUUCCGUUCUUUCUGUGAAGACAUUUUCGCUCACGGAACUUGAGAAGGCCACAGAAAAUUUCAGCCUGAAUAAGGUUUUGGGCGAAGGAGGAUUUGGGCGGGUCUAUCAUGGGCUGAUGCCAGAUGGGACUGAGGUAGCCGUCAAAUUACUGAAAAGGGACAACCAAAAUGGAGAUCGUGAAUUCAUUGCUGAGAUCGAGAUGCUUAGCCGGCUGCAUCAUCGUAAUCUCGUGAAGCUCAUCGGCAUAUGCAUCGAGCAAAGGAAACGCUGCUUGGUCUACGAGCUAGUCCCAAACGGCAGUGUCGAGUCCCACUUGCACGGUGAUGACAGAAGCAAGGGGCCUCUGGAUUGGGACGCACGUCUAAAAAUUGCACUUGGUGCGGCGAGAGGAUUGGCUUACCUUCAUGAGGACUCCAAUCCUCGUGUGAUUCACAGAGACUUUAAAGCUAGUAAUGUAUUACUUGAAGACGACUUUACCCCUAAAGUCUCUGAUUUUGGUCUGGCACGAGAAGCUACGGAGGGGAGUCGUCACAUAUCUACUCGGGUCAUGGGCACUUUCGGGUAUGUCGCACCCGAAUACGCAAUGACGGGACAUUUGCUCGUCAAGAGCGAUGUCUACAGCUACGGGGUCGUCCUGCUGGAGCUGCUCACCGGGCGGAAGCCUGUCGACAUGUCCCAGUCCCCAGGCCAGGAGAACCUCGUCACAUGGGCCCGGCCCCUCCUCGCCAACCGCGAUGGCCUCGAGCAGCUGGCGGACCCCACCCUUGCCGGAACCUACAAUUUCGAUGACAUGGCUAAGGUGGCCGCCAUUGCUGCCAUGUGCGUUCACCCGGAGGUCACCCACCGCCCUUUCAUGGGCGAAGUCGUCCAGGCCCUCAAGCUCAUUUACAACGACACGGAUGAGACUUGUGCCGAUGCCUUGAGCCUCAAGGAGGACUCAUCAACUCAUGGCUCGGAUUUUAAGCCCGACUUUACGGCCCAGUCGGAUAGCAGUUGGUGGAACGAGCGAUGUGGGACCCCUGGCCCGACGCUCGGCAGGGCCACGUCUUUUGUCACGAUGGAAUACAGCUCGGGUCCUCUGGGGGUGAUGGGCAAUGGGCCGGUUUCUUCUUCGGGCUUGGCCCGGAACAGGUCAGGCCCGCUGAGGACGGUGAGGAGUGAAAGGCCUUUUUAUAGGCUGCAAGGGAGUGUUAGCGAGCAUGGGGAGAUUUUGGGGAGGCGCGCUUGGGGUGGUGGUGCUUGGUACGAUGCUUCGUUUUAGGGUAUUAUUUGUUGUGUGUUUUGUACGUUUUCGAAGUGUACAGUUGUGGACUGGUUGGUGUUGAGAUGAGUGGGAUUUUUCAGGUGUAGUAUUUUUAGGGUGUUUUUGAGUGGGGGUGUUCAGUGCCGAUUUUCCUUGUGCUGAGGGGAUGAGGAGAAUGGUGGUGGGAUGGAUUAAUGGCUUCUAAUUCUUGUUGAUGUUGAGAUUCAUUUAACAUGUACGCACGGACUCGGUUAAUUUGGAGUGCGUGUGACUGUUGUAUAUGCCAAUGAAUUGGUUUUAAAGGAGUUCGAGGGUUUUGACGGGAGACUGCAUGAAACUGCUCUUAUUGUGUCUCGGGAGGUGAUUCUGAACUCCGCUUGUUCAUUUUUGAUUCGUUCAUAAUUCGACGAUCGAACUCUGAAAUCUUGGAUCAGUUUUUCAAGUGUGUUUUGUGGGUCACAAUAUUGGUAUAUUAAUUUGUAUUCANAGUUUCAGAUACUUUAA